UUCAUUCGUUUUGGAAGAAACGUACUGUCCAGAUCAUGCCUGAAACCACCGUGAAAGCGCCCAAGAAGGGCUCAAAGAAAGCCGUGUCUAAGAGCGUCAGCAAGACCGGCAAGAAGAAGAGAAGGACCAGGAGGGAGAGCUACGCCAUCUACGUGUACAAGGUGCUGAAGCAGGUCCACCCCGACACCGGCAUCUCGUCCAAGGCCAUGGGCAUCAUGAACUCGUUUGUGAGCGACAUCUUUGAGCGCAUCGCCGGUGAGGCCUCCCGUCUGGCUCACUACAACAAGCGCUCCACCAUCACUUCCAGGGAGAUCCAGACCGCUGUCCGCCUGCUGCUGCCCGGUGAGCUGGCCAAGCACGCCGUGUCUGAGGGCACCAAGGCCGUCACCAAGUACACCAGCUCCAAGUAAACAGUCCUGCUGCCUCUAAUAACAAACCAACGGCUCUUUUAAGAGCCACCCACUUUAUCUGAAGACUUUCCCAAGAUGAGUAAUAUGUAUUUGCUGAACGACAUUCAAACACCAUACAAUUGAGGGACAAUAUAAUAAUAUCCAUUAUAACUUUUCUGUGAAUUGUUACAGACCCAAUUCUUUUCUGUCUUGAUAGACAAUACUGUGUUUCAUAUUUUAUAGGCCAUUCUGCACCUAUUGCCUGUGAUCAAUGCAGCAUUAAUAAAAUUAAAACUAUAAUGUUCCAUAUUGUAUCUUUCAUAUGAAGAGAAAUCUACAAACUUAAACACAUAAAAAUAAAACACCCAUUCUAGUUUUUCAUGUCAACAUCAGAA